GUUUUCUGUAGUGAUGCUGAGACUUGCAGGGGAGCAGGUGCCGUCUGAGGUCAGUAAGAUGUCUCAGAAGGACCUGGCCUUCGUAGCAGAGUUCCUUCAGGAGAAUCUCACGCAGGAAACACCAUCUCCUGGAAGACCCAAGAGAUUUAAUCUUGAGAAAGUUGGACAGUAUCUCAACAAGAAGGAUGAGGACCUUCCCUUUCCACAGGACUUGUCUAAGAUCCCUUGGGAGACCUUUAUGCAGUCAAGUACUUACCUGAAAGGGAGUGAGUUGCUCUUCCCACACCACCAGAAGAAGUCACUGUACCAAGUCUUCAACAUAACCAAGACAGCUGUGGACAGAGCACUGGAAGGGCCUGCAGCAGUGAUUGGAAGGUCCUUCAACUGCUUGGGAAGUCUGCCAUUGUAUUCUAUGGUGAAAAGAGAGGACAGCCAACACAAGAGGCUGUCGGUGCUUCCAAUGAGCCAGUUCAGCGGUGGUGAGCCUCGCCAUGUUUUCACGCUGGUCAUUCCUGACCAGGACACUCUCAGCAGGAUCCUGGUCAUCAGGCACCCCACCCAGCUGCACAGGUGGGAACUGCAGGGGGCUUUGGCUAUGAUAUUACCUCCAUGA